CGCAUCGUAGUUUGAGAAGAUGGAAUUUGCCAUGGUGGGUGCGGACAGCGGUGGAUGCAACGCCCACAUGCCCUUCGGAUAUGCCCAAGCACGCGCCAGAGAGCGAGAGCGCGAGAGGGAGAGACACUCGCGCGCAGCGGCGGCGGCUGCAGCGGCGGCUGAAGCUGUAGCUGUUGGAGAGGGAGGUGGGUCCUGUGGCACACAUCCCCACAACCACCCGCAUCAGAGUCGCACCGCCUCUUCGACGAAUGCCAACAACAGUAGCGCCGGUACCGCCUCGCGCCCCUCCUCCUCCCAACAGCCGCAACAGCAGCAGCAACAGCAGCAGCAACAGCACGAGUCACCACAGCAACUUCUCAAAGAGCGAAAAAAGCAACGAGGCGUCGCGCGCUGGAGACGGAACCGCGCGGCACUCGGCGGGGAUCUUCGCCACUCAGAGUUGGCGCUCCUAGGAUCCGAGGAGGACAUCAUGAUAGAGGAGGACGAGGCAGAGGGCGAGGAGGAAGAGGAGGACAGGGGAAGUAAGAGGUCGAGUUUUGUGUACAACGUGGACUAUGAAGAGACGGUUUCCUUGACGGACCGACGUCCUCAGUCAGGGUAUGAAAAUGUUUACAACGAGUACGGCUGCUGCGAGAGAGUUGUUAUUAACGUGUCGGGCUUGAAGUUCGAAACUCAGCUGAAGACUCUCGCGCAGUUCCCGGACACUCUCCUGGGGGACCCUGAGAAACGAAUCAGGUACUUCGACCCGUUGCGCAACGAAUACUUUUUUGACAGGAACCGACCGAGCUUCGACGCCAUUCUAUACUACUAUCAGUCAGGGGGCCGGUUAAAGAGACCCGCCAAUGUGCCGUUUGACAUAUUUUCGGAGGAAGUGAAGUUCUAUGAACUCGGGGAAGAGGCAAUGCUUAAGUUUCGCGAGGAUGAGGGCUUUGUGAAAGAGGAAGAGAAACCGCUACCCGAGGACGAGUUCAAACGUCAGAUUUGGCUUUUGUUCGAGUAUCCCGAGAGUUCGAGUGCAGCCAGAGGGAUUGCGGUCGUGUCAGUGCUGGUCAUCGUCAUAUCCAUCGUCAUUUUUUGUUUGGAGACAUUGCCAGAAUUCAGGGAUGACAAAGAAUUCCUCAGCCCAGGUAAAAAUUCCACCCACGCCGAAAACGGAUUUACGCCGUUCAACGAUCCCUUUUUCGUCGUUGAGACGGUGUGCAUCAUUUGGUUCUCGUUUGAGAUCAUUGUGCGCUUUUUCGCGAGCCCCAGCAAAGCUGCUUUCUUCAAAAACGUUAUGAACACCAUAGACAUUGUCUCGAUUUUGCCUUAUUUCAUAACUCUCGGCACAGAACUCGCGCAGCAACAACAAGGCAACGGGCAACAGGCAAUGAGUUUUGCAAUCCUGAGAAUCAUACGACUUGUCAGAGUAUUCCGGAUCUUCAAACUGUCUCGACACUCCAAAGGUCUCCAGAUCCUCGGACACACUUUGCGCGCGAGCAUGCGAGAACUGGCGCUGCUCAUCUUCUUCCUCGUCAUCGGUGUCAUCCUGUUCUCCAGCGCCGUGUACUUUGCCGAGGUGGACGAACCCACGUCCCAGUUCACGAGCAUCCCCGACGCUUUUUGGUGGGCUGUAGUGACAAUGACCACGGUGGGUUACGGGGACAUGAAGCCCAUAACAGUCGGGGGGAAAAUAGUGGGCUCGCUGUGCGCAAUCGCAGGUGUCCUGACCAUUGCGCUUCCAGUCCCCGUCAUUGUGUCCAACUUCAACUACUUCUACCACCGGGAGACUGAUAACGAGGAUCAGACGCCCGUUGUCGAACAACCCCCGCCGGGUUGCCCGUAUUUUCCGGAUUUUCUGAGAAAAUUCAAAGGGUCCCCAUCGGGGUCGUCGUUGGGUGACAAGGCGGCCGAAUACAUGGAGAUGGAGGAAGGCGUGACAGAAUCUCUAUGCGGUGCUGACACACAGAGCCCAAGUAGAGGGAACGGUACUGACAUAGGCGGGAAAAACAGUUCACAUUCACGAACCCUACAGACAGAUGUAUGAUCAUAGAAAAUGAUAACCUUCUCGUGAGGUUUGCGUGAAGAUGACUGCACAAAUAAAUCAGUAAACAGCACACAUGCACGCACGGUUGCGCGCUCACAACUUGAAGACAUACAGGACGCGCGUGCGCAAACACAUACAGAGACAUUCGCAUACGCUCUCAUGCAGUUCUGGACCUAAGCUGAAACAUUUUUGCAAUUUGGCUACUUUUGUAGAGAAACAUACCAUCAGGCGACAGGCAAUGCAAAAAUCACCAGCUUUACGUGACGUGGAGAGGUGUCUACAUCUGCCCACCUGUUCUGUUGACAGAACUGAACCACUCCAGGCUCAUUACAAUGAAGGCAACAAAAAAAAAGUUUGCAUAGGCACUUUAUGAGUUACAUUUGUCAGUAAUUGUAGGGAAAAGAGGCGAGUUCUUAUCUAAUGCUAUUAUGCAAUAAAGUUUAAAUCGUUUGCACUAUCAUCAAUUAUGUUAUAGUCUCCCAGUUUAACGCAGAGAAAAGAAAUAUAUGUAACACUGAGGCAGAGAGGGAAUAAAAUAAUAAUAAUAAUAUAAAUUGUAUUACUAAUUCGAAAUAAUAUAUAGCAAAUACAGACUGCAACCUUCAAUGUUAAGAACAAUUAAGCAAAUGUUUCCCAUACUAAUGAAUUAGUACCAUUUUUAAUUUGUAUUAUUUGGAGAGCUGCAUGACACGCAAGGCAAUGACAUCUUAAAAUCCCAUUAUGGGCAAACAAAUGUGUCAGCCUGCCAGUAUUUACAACACUGGUAAAACCCUAUUAGCCUACCCCUGUGUAGUUAUUUGUGCUUUGUCCAGGGUGGCCGAAGAGUCAUUUUAGUUAGUCCCUUUUGUGAGUGUUGAAAAACAAAUCAAUCGCUUUAGUUUUUGUCAAACAGAACACUGCAUUCUUAAGUUCAUUGGCAAACACUGUAACUCAUUCAUCAUGCAACCAAGGAUUCACUCUCUCUGAUCAUAAAUGUCACUUUCUGGUAUGCUGAGGCCAAAAUACUGGUUUCACAUUGUCUCACAAAAUAAACACCUUGUAUAACUGAAUCGAAGACACUGUGGCUUGAAGGAUCAGUUUGGCCACUGUGACUGUUAUGGGAGUAUUUUUCAAGGGAAUGCUUCAUGCAACUAUUUGUUCUUCGUCCCUUUACCAAAUGACAAUGCAUCCCUUUAUGAAAAUGCUGAUGGAAAUGUACAACCAAACAGCACUGAUGGAAACAUGAACUCGGUGGACUUCAUGCACAAGAGUACCUGCGUUCCACAGCGAAUUCUUGUCCUCCUGGAGUGCACGAUGACCACUGGGCAUGCGCAGUUCAUUGUGAAAGUGUUGUGAGUCUUGCCUAUGAGAGACUUUUCCGUCAGCCUUUGGACUCCUACAGAGGGGAAUCGGCGUGACUGACAGUCAGUGGAUGGGUCAGACCUGUUGCCGCAGGUGUCAUUGAAGCCACGGCUGGACAUCAGAUGAGAAUGGACACUGCAACCUCUCCAACAAGCUGCAAGGCAGGAAAUCCAUCGUCAAGCCAGGUGUCAAUAACUGUUUAGGACCCGCCCCAAUAAAUGCCUUAAAGACACAGUACACUACAUCUCUAUGUAGAGGAACCUGCAGCAGGAGACUUCUUAAAAAAGCUUGACAUAUUUAAUUUUCCUCUUUACAAGUGAAUCAGUGUCUUGCAAGAAACAAAUGUGAAUAUUUUCUUAUACCAGAGAAAUAUUUGUUUGGGUGUAAUAUUGCCACUUGUUUUUGUUCGGUAGACCUGGUAAAAGGUGUUACAUAUAAGUGAAGAGAAAGCUUACUGUCUGUGGCAGCCUCUUCCAUCUAGUUUUGUCCAUUUUCUUUUUCUUUUUCUUUUUUCUUUUCCUAAACCAAAAGACUGCCAGCUGGAACUGAAAAUUCAGCAGCAGUGUCAAUGAUGUCAGUUUGGACGCCUUUGCAGGGUCACACAUUUACAGUAUGAUUGCAGGGUCUAAAUCAUGUCCUCCUCAUUGCCAGACUAAAAGACAUCAAUUCUCCAACCUGGUCUCAUGCAAUUGUUACUGUACCUACAUUUUUGCAAAAUGAUUUAGACAUGGCUCGUUCUACAUAUCACAGCAGUUUCCUGGUGAAUGAACACUUAACAGGAGGAGAACAAUAACUUUUAUUCACAUUUACACAAAUCAGGAGUAAAACUGCAGAUUAUCAGUUCAUAAACACUUUUCGCUCUUCUCCUCGCACAAUUUUAUCUAAUGAUAUCAAAAUACUUAUCAAGACCUUAUUCACAGUAUUUAAUCUUUAAUUUUUGACGGGAAUGACAACAAGGCUGUAAGAGAUAGACUCCUCAAGGGGUUGUAAUGUUGUUUAAUGUAUUGGAUCAUUCCGCUGACAUAACAUUGAAAAAAAAAAACAUCUUUACAAGACAUUUUCAUAGACAAAAAAACUCCAGAAAAUAUGAGUUUUGAAAAACUAGAUGUGAUCUAGGAGCUUUAUACAACUUAAUGCAGUGGGUGCCAAUGAAGAGACUGUAUGUCUGUCCCCCACAGCUGUCAUUUAUGUUAAAAAUUAAACAUGGUGCUAUUGUGAACAAGGUUUAUAGCGCAUGAUUUGUAAGGUGAUACAUUGUAACGUUUGCAUUACAUAAAAAAAUAAAUACAUUUACAAGUGUAUCAAAGCACUGUAUCUCAACUGAGAGAUAGUUGCAUUUGCUCUUCUGGGUACAAGUCAAGAAGAGUAGACACAUGAGCCAAAAUUAACAUAAAAGCAUCACAAAAUGACAUGGUUGCUUCAGUUGCUUUUUUCAUCUCACAUGUGUUUAUUACACUAUCGAUUGGGUUUAAGUUUAAACCUAUAUGUCAUGAUCCAUGUAAUGUCAUUUUGAAAAGAAAGAAAAUGUAGCCACAGUCACGUUAUUUUCAUGAGAUCAGGCUGAAUAAUCAAGAACCAUUAGAGUAGCCGUGUCCUUGUUAUCAAAAUCCUAAAAGUUUUGUAACACUCAGAGGAGUUAAACAUUAGUAAUAGUCAUGUGAAAUGGGCCUGUACAGUAUGUUUGCUUGUUUUGUGGUCAACAAGGUGCAGAUAAAUGACAAAGCAGAAGGGGUUGAAUUAUGGGUACCAUCAGGUUCGGUGGACAGCUGGUUGAUGUUCAUGUGAGUCAGUGCAUUACUGGACUGAUGCCCAAUGCUCAGAUGGUGAGCUGCGUCUGCUGCAUCCACAUUACAUAUCAGUGAUGUGCAAUUUUGGCCAACCUCUACAGAGUUUGGUUUAUAAAUAUUACUAGUCGAUUUAUUGCAAUAGGAAUAAAAGAGAGCACUGUAGCGCUCCGAAUGUGUAUUAAAAUGCUAUGCUGUUGUGAACUGGGAAUUUUGGUAGUGCAGUUCAGUUCCCCCUUUUGCAAUACCCUCUAGUGCCCUCCAACAGAAGACUGCAAAUUAUAUGGCCACACAUCAUAUUCCCAGUUAACAAAUAGUCUUUCUGUUGUGAGACAAAGGUGGUGAAAAAAACAUAAGGAGACACAACUGAAAGAGAUGAUACUCUCUCUGAAACAACUGCCCCACAGUACUCCCUGUCUCUAGAUCUCUUUUCAUCUCCCACUCCUUUUCCUUUCUCUAACACUCUGCCUGUCUUUUUCUCUCCUUCCCUGCCUAUCUGACAUGCAACCAAGCAUGCAGACUGGAUCUUAUGCACACUGUUUUCUUCACUUUCUCUCUCUGUCUGUCUGUCAGACAGAGUCUGUCUCUCUCUCUCUCUCUUCUGUAUCGUUAUCUGUUGAAAUCUAGUCUGGAUAGACAUGUCAGAAUUUGAAUAAGGGAUAAAAGACUUGUGGUCUGUAUGAACUUAUAGAAUAUAAACACAAACAAUUUAUAGAACGAACCAGCUGCUUUGUUGUCAUGGAAAUGCAUUCAAUUAAUCUGUAUGCAAAGUUCUAUGGAAGUGUACUAUCUAUUUUUUUAAAUCUAGCCUUGAAUAUUAUAUAACCAAAGUCGAACCCUAAAAGUCUCUGUUCUAUGUUUGGACCUUUAUUUCUUGAAGAGAUUUAGACCUAGCAAAACUAGAUGCACAUGAAACAUGACGUAUGUACGUAAGCAGAUGUCUAUUUUAUUGUGUCCUCAAGGUCACACGUCAUUUUAGGCAGAUCUACUUUUUGACUGUUAGCUUUCUGAAGUCCCAGGCCCUGUUUUCUCUUGCUCUGCUGAUUCCUAAUGGUUUUUGUGGACCUUGUGGAAGCCGAUCCUGCCAGUCGCAGACUCUCUCCUCAGCUCUUUCGCUCUUUUUUUAGCGUGUGUGUUAGUUGACUGGUCUCUCUAGCAGAGGACCACUUGCUAAGUACUUUUCAUAAAUUGAACACAAGUUCAUCAGGCAAAUCAGCACCAUGAAGCAUCUAAACAUGGAGCACUGUGUCACUUCACAUGUUGUAGAACUGCAUGUGACUUUAAUAUGUAUAUAUGUGAUAGUAAUAUUAUGAUGUCACUACGACACAUUGCUCUGUGCUCCAUGCAGUGGAUCGGAAUGGUUUACAUUCAAGAACAAACAUUCCUUAACAUCCACAGUGUGAUGCGCAUGGCUCUUUUUACACUGAGUCAACAGCCAAGAAUUAUCAGCCAAACAUGAGGAGACUUUGUUACCAUGGAGAUGCUCUGCCAGUGCUGACUGGUCAGCUGGGUUUGGAAAAAGAGGGAGCUUUACCCUGUGAAAAAGGGGAAUUACCUGCUAAAUGAGAUAAACCAUAUCAGCACAUCCUCUCAUUGAUUAUUUUGUUCACAUCUAAGUUCGCUCAUUCAAAUGGUCUGCUAACUAUUGUUGUUUAAUUUACACAGGAGAACAUAAUGUAAAGGAGAAAUCUCUAAAAGCUUACUCAAUAGCUGCAACACACAAUAUUACUAAUAUGAAUUCUGCUGUCUGAUUGGAAAACAGUCUGAAUCAAGCCACUGUAUGAGAGACAUUCAGUCAAAACAAAGAGGAUCCUUGGAAAUGUAUCAUAAAAUAUAGCAAGCAUAGAGUACCUAAAAAUACCUUAGUACACCAAUGUGAUAUUUGAUGUAACGUUUGAACAAUAAAAUUUUGUUGUGGCUUUAAUCAUAGCAUGGACUAUAUUGUUAAUGAAUUUCAGUGAGCUUAGAUUCUUAAGAAACAUGAAUAAGCAUUUUCCACUUUUGUAAAGUGUCGUAAUGGACAGAGAUACCCGUGUAUCGCUUGGCUACUCACCCAUGUCUCCAUACAGUAAUGAAACCACGGGAGAACAUUGCUGACUGGAAAAGAUCUCUUUCAGUUACCAGAUCAGAUUACUUAUUGUGUCGAUCAUACACCGCUGUACCCUACAAGUGGCUAAAGGAACAAUCACACGCAAGGACAGCAUUUGCCAGCCAUUUCUGCAAAUCCAAAGAAAACAUAGAUCAAAAAUAUGUAUCUAAUAUCUGAUAAUAUAUUUACUUCAAAAGUCCUGUCGAUGAGAGGUGUGUUGGUGUGUGUUAGGUCAGCUCUUGUGCUGUCUAACAAACAUGCAGAGGGAGACUGGUGAGUGCUUGGUCGUAUCCAUAUGGCAGGAAAAUGUAUAGAAUCAUCCCCCUGAAGGAAGUAAAUAAAUAACUAAAUAAAUAACCAGAUGUUGUGAGUUUUAGUUGGGCUUGCCCUUUCUUUCUGCAUGAUGCUUUGGUUUUUUGAAAACUUGCAUCCUGAUUAAAGAUGUAUUUGUGUUAUUUAUUUAUUUACUUUUUCUUUUUUGGUAUAUUGGACACCCUGUAUCAUUUCUUUUUCUUUUUGUUUGGGGGUAAAUUCAUUAAUCUUCUGGAUUUUUCUACAUGCAUAUAAUUUUGUAGGCAGCAAUAUGAGAUGUGAUGGAAAUGAAAUUAUGUGCAAUGUUGAAAAUUAAAAAGCAAAACAUACUAUAUUAAAUAAAAAACAAAGGUCAUUUCUAUCUUUCGUCUGUGUGUGUGCAUUUUUGAAUGAAUCAUUUUAGUAAUCUGAUCACCCGUCUACUAACUCCCCCUCAACUGAGCUGUCUCGACACAUCUUCAUUAUAUUAGCUCUCAUCCUUCUUCACUUCUGAGACUCUCAUCUCCAUCUGUGUGUGAGAGAGAGACCUGAGAGUUGAUGUAGCAUGUGUCUAACAACUCCCUCACCAUGUGUCUGUGCAGUCCCCAUCUGAGGCCUGAGACCAAGGAUAAAGGUUUUGCCAUUAUGGGACAUUUUCUGCCGCAAGGGCCCAUG